CUUGUUUUUCUCGUUUUGGCACAUCUCAAGGAGGGAAGACAUCUCACAAAACAGCUAAACUCACUACAGUCAGCUCAGCAGGAGGACUGGUGUCUGUGUCCUGGAUUUAAACACGCGAGCCACACUGAAAGAUGUCAACAUCACUUCCGCUGGUAAACCCUAGAAGGGCUUCAGGUGUCCGAGUCAUGGUCCCUACAGGACAACAGCAGGUUCCUGGUGGACAUCAUACCUACACACGGUCUGGCAAAGUGAAUGGUGCCAGUGGGGAGUCAAAUCAUAAAUCUCUAGUGAAUGCAGAGAGAGAAGUGGAGAUUCUGAACCACUGCUUUGACGAUGUCGAGCGAUUCAUGUCGCGCUUACAACAGGUGGCUGAGGCCCAGAGUGUUCUCAACCAAAGGAAAAAGAAAAACAGCAGGAGCAGCAAGAAGAAGAAGAAGGAGCCCCAAGAAGAUGAUUUGUUGACCAUUAAAGCUUGUCCUCCACCAGAGGAAGAAUUUGUGGACAUCUUUCAGAAAAUCAAAUACUCCUUCAGUCUGCUGGACCGACUGAAGUCAUCCAUCUCACCUGAUGCCCCAGAGCUGCUCCAUUAUAUCUGUUUGCCUCUCAGACUGCUGGUGUCUACCACUGGAGGGCCAGCAUUAGCUUCAUCCAUCGUCAGUCCCGCUUUGACCAGUGGUGCCAUUACACUGCUCCAGAAGCAACUGACUGCAGAGGAACAUGAGCUGUGGACUUCACUGGGAAGCCACUGGACUUCACCUUGUUCGCAGCUCAGUGUGUCUGUUCCUCCGUAUGCACCCGUCUUUCUGGAUGGGUGGCGGCCUCAGGCUUAUGACUCUGCUGGCCAGCCUUUGGAAGAUCCCAUCGAGCUUCAGCACAAAGUGGAUGCUUUCAACGAAAGCAGGCAGACACAAAGACAACAGGACCAAGCUCGACAGGCAGCAGAGGGCCCCGGGGAAACCAGUGAUGAAGUAGAUGGAAAUGGAUUUCCAGAAAGCGAGCGCUAUUACUGCUGCAGUUAUGACUUUGUUGCCAGAAACAGCAGCGAACUCUCUGUGCUCAAAGGAGAAACACUAGAGGUAAUUGACUCAUCAAAACGCUGGUGGAAGUGUCAGAACAGCUAUGGCGAGAUAGGAUUUGUUCCCUUUAACAUUUUGGAGCCUCUUUCUGCUCUGAAUAAGACAGGGAGAGCUGCCCCACUGGUGCACAGAGAGUCAAAGGCAGGUCUUGUGCCUCGGACAAAGUGCUAUUCAUACACCCCAUCAAGUGUGGGUCCUGAGAGUACCACUGCAACAAGUCCAACAGUGCGACCUCAAAGCAUGGUUUUACCAUCGACAACAAUGCAGGGACACAAUAACGACAGAGUUCUGAUGAAUAAGGAAAUCACAGAAAAGAUAGCCUGGAGAAGAGGCUCAUUUCAACAGACAGCUGAUAACGCUACAUCUCUGAACUAUGACUCUUCGCCUAGUGAGGUGGAGGCCUGGCUUACUGCCAAAGGCUUCAUGCCACUGACAAUCCAGAGCCUGAGAAUUUUAAAUGGAGCGCAGCUGUUCGCCCUAAAAAAGGAGGAGUUUGUUCAGGUGUCACCAGAAGAGGGUGCAAAGGUUUACAGCAAGGUGAUGGAGCAGAAGACCCUGCUUGAGGAUGCACGCAAGGCUUCAGAACUGGACGCAUCAAUGGAGAUGCAAAAGCUGAAGAUUAACUCAAAACAGGAGUGAUGUACUGUAACAGACUUACACUAUCCUCUAACACAGAUGUGACAUCAGAGCUUCUUUGAUA